UGAGUCAUGGAGUCGCUUCUUAUCUCUACGCAAAGCUUGGGGUUGGCCAUGGGAGGCCUCCUGCUGUUCUUGCUUGCCGGCGCCAUCUCCGUCUUCUGGGUGUGGCCGGCGGGAACGUGGCGCCGGCUCCGGAGGAAUGGGUUCGGUGGCCCUUCACCGCUUUUCCCCUUGGGGAACUUGAUGGAGAUGAGCAACAAGGGAGAGGCUCCUUCUCCGGUCUCCUCGAGCAUCACACAUGACAUCCACUCUUCUGUCUUCCCUUACUUCUCUCGGUGGAGAAACGCUUACGGAAAGGUCUUCGUUUACUGGCUUGGAACAGAGCCUUUCUUGUAUAUUGCUGAUCCCGAGUUCCUCAAGCGUGCAACUUCCGGUUCUAUGGGCAAGAAAUGGGGUAAGCCAAAUGUGUUCAAGCACGACAGAAAGCCAAUGUUUGGAAGCGGACUGCUUAUGGUUGAUGGUGAAGACUGGACUCACCGCAGGCAUAUCAUCUCACCAGCAUUCUCCAUGACAAACCUAAAUGCCAUGAUGAGGGUGAUGGAAGAGACGACGUAUAAGAUGCUAAACGAGUGGAGCGAGCAGGUCGCCUCGGGCCGACGUGAAAUCGAUGUCGAAGAAGGCAUCACCAAGAAUGCAGCUGAGAUCAUCGCCAAGACCAGCUUCGGGAUCAGGGAGGAAAAUGGCAAAAGGGUGUUCGAGAAGCUGCAGCUCAUGCAAAAGAUGCUCUUCAAGUCGAACUGCCUUGUGGGAGUCCCUUUCAGCAAGCUCUUGUGCGCUAAAAGAUCGUACGAGGCAUGGAAACUAGGGAAGGAGAUCGACCAACUUCUCUUCGCCAUCAUCAGUUCGAGGAAGGAAGAAGAUAGCAGCAACACGCAGAAAGACCUCCUCGGGCUGCUCCUCGCCGCAAACCAAGAGAGCGCUCAACUUGAGAGGAAGCUCACGAUCCGGAAGCUCGUCGACGAGUGCAAGACCUUCUUCUUCGGCGGCCAUGAGACCACUGCGCUCGCCCUAUCUUGGACCUUGCUCUUGCUGGCUCUGUACCCCGAAUGGCAAAGAACUCUGAGAGAGGAGGUCAUGGAAGUCUCCGGAGGAAGGCCCCUCGACCCAUCCAUGCUCUCGAAACUGACAAAGAUGGGGUGGGUGUGGAACGAGGUGCUCCGGUUGUACUCGCCGGCGCCGAACGUCCAAAGGCAGGCGAGGGAGGACGUGCAGGUGGGAGACAUGGUGAUCCCCAAGGGCACCAACAUGUGGGUCGACGUCGUGGGGAUGCACCACGACCCUGCGCUGUGGGGAGACGACGUGAACGAGUUCAAGCCGGAGAGGUUCAAGGAGGAUCUCCACGGCGGGUGCAAGCACCGGAUGGGCUACUUGCCGUUCGGCUUCGGGGGAAGGAUCUGCGUGGGGAGGAACCUCACUCUCAUGGAGUUCAAGAUCGUGCUGAGCCUCAUCCUCCGCAGGUUCUCCUUGUCGCUCUCCCCGGCCUACUCGCACUCACCCAGGAUCAUGUUGUCUCUGAGGCCUUCCCAUGGCGUGCACCUAAUCCUCAGCAACAUCCAAGAAUCGAAUUAGGUGAAGCCAUUGUCGGCCGCCGAGAGAUCGUUCCAUCGAUUCAUUUGUAAUCAAUUUAUUUUUUUUAAUAAAUUAUUGAAUAAUUAAUAUGUCAA